AUGAGUAAUUUAAUUAAAAUGAAUGUUUCAUGCUAUCAAAAUUCUUUAGAUAAAAAACUAGUCUACAAUAUUUCACAUCGUUAUUUGAAUGAUACCGAAGAGAAAUUAUUAGCUAAUGGUUGGAAAUUUUCUUUAAAUACAAAAAAGUUAAUUCAUUUAAGCAUCAAAAGUGAAUUAGAACAUAUUUACUUCAUUUUGGAUAAAAGAAAAAUGCUAACAUCUAAUGAUAAAAAGUCAAGGAUAAAAAGCUUACUCAGUUAUUUUCCUAGUAAAUUAAAUAAACAAUUAAAAAGUGAUGUACUUAAUCUAUCACCUGAAGAAAAGAAAGUCAUAUCUAAUUUGUUACAUGAUAAAUCAAUAAUAAUUUCUAAAGCAGAUAAAGGAAACACGGUUGAGAUACUAGACAAACAGGAUUACAUUAAUAAAGGAAAUGAACUAUUAAAUGAUAAGAAAUGUUUUGAGAAGAUCUCAUCUAAUUUAACUGAACAACGUGAACAAUCACUUUUUAAGUUUCUUCUUAAAUUAAAAAAUAAUAAAAUUAUUAAUGAAAAAGUUUAUCAUGAAAUGCGACCUAAUACAUGUUCUAGAACACUAGAAGCUUAUUUCUUAGUUAAAGUACAUAAAAUAAACCAACCUGUAAGACCAAUAAUAUAUAGUAACAAUUCAUAUAAUUAUAACACAGUCAAAUAUUUAGCUAAAUUAUUAACA